AUCAAGGGGGUAUUGAGGGCUCCCGCGUGACUGCGUGCCGGCUCGCGGGGGUGAGACAAACACGGCCGGGAGAAUGAACACUGGAGCCCAGAGACGAGCGACCCACGGCUCGGCGUGACGAGCUGCGAUGUGACAUCUGCUCGCGAGUCCAAACUGGGCACGCACCGCGCCGCGACCCUCACUCUCUCCUCCCUCAAUCUCUCCGCUCCCUGUCGAACUCUCCCUUCUCCUGACGCCUCUCGUCUCACUCGUCCACUCUCUCCUCCCGGAGUCUCCCUCUGCGCAGGGCCCUCCGUGAUUCAACUCUUUUUUUUCAUAUAUAUACAUUUUGUAUUCCUUUGCACCGUGCCCCGAACCCAGCGGCGCUGGGGCACCAGGAUCCCGUCCAUUCGGCCUCCGCGCUGUCCGGCUAACGAGCGGUGCCGAGAGACCUGAGCUCGCCUAAGGGACCCCGUUUUGAGGGACCUCCAUUGAAGGACCACCGCCACCUUGAGAAGAGCCAGCAUCUCCAGGUUGUAUCUCCUCUCGUGGUCACCACCCAACUUCACGGCGCUCGCAGUGACCGGGGAGAGUUCCGCUGCUCGUGCCGCACGCACCAUGGCGAUGUUGAUGUUGCUGCUUCCCGUGUGGGCUGCCCUGGCUGCCCUGGCGUGCGGGGCAGCGGUGCAGCAGCAGCAGCAAGGCCCGCUGAGCUGCCCGGCCGCCUGCAACUGCACGAUGUCCACGUUCCACGCAGGCUCGGACGUGGAUUGCCGUGCCCGGGACCUCGCCACGGUGCCCGGGGACCUCCCUCCCGAUGCCUGGCUCCUCAAGAUGGGUUACAACAAGGUGCAGAAGCUGAGCGCCGAGAUGUUCGAGAAGAUCCCUGGGGUGGAGAGCAUCAACCUGGAGAACAAUGGCAUCUCCAGCUUCCACCUCAAGACCUUCUCCGGCACCAAGAAGCUGCAGAUGCUCAACCUCUACGGUAACAGCCUGAGCCAGAUCCCACCCAAGGCCUUCCAGAACCUCUACCGUCUCAAAUUCCUGCUGCUGGGCAAGAACCAGAUCACCUCCCUCUCUUCGGACACCUUCCACGGCCUGAAGGAUCUGUCCGACCUGGACAUGCCUCUCAACAACCUCGCCGAGCUACAGGGCUUCCUUUUCAAGCACGUGCCCUCCCUCAAGAUUCUCGACCUGGGCUUCAACAAGAUCCACACAAUCUCGCCGCAAGCGUUCGUGGGCCUUCACACCUUGGACUUCCUCAAUCUGGACGGGAACCGCCUCAAGGAGGUGCCCGACGGCCUCUUCCAGCCCCUGCAGCAGCUGGAGAUGCUGGUGCUGAGCAACAACGAUAUCGCGAGCGUGGCGGCCGCUACCUUCGUGGGCCUGCAGGGUCUGAGGCAGCUCUACCUGAGCGGGAACCGCCUGGCCUCCGUCCCGCGCGACGCCUUCAAGCACAUCCCCAAGCUCACGCAUCUCACGCUCGACAACAACAACCAUCUGCACUCGCUCGACGGUGGAGCCAUCUCGCGUCUCAGAGACCUCAGCAUGCUCUACCUGCACGGCAACCCGUGGGCGUGCGACUGCAAGCUGGCGCCCCUGGUCAAGUGGCUCAGCCGGGCCAAGGUGGAGCUCUUCCCCGAGGACUCGGGCUCCUGCUCCAGCCCCGCGGCGCUCAACGGGACCCGCCUCGACAGCAUCGCGUCCACCAAGCUCUGCUAGAGAAGACAGGAGCCUCGCGCGGGCCACCGGGGUCCUUCACUAAUGCGGGGUCAUCUCCGCCGUGAUGGGGUGGACCACCCCCACCUCCCCCCCCCCCGAUGGAGGGGGGUGCAGUUCGCACGCGUGUACUGCUCUCGGGACCUAGCGGGCCCCGCGUGUCGGGGACUUGAGGUUUCAGAUCCCGUCCGGUCUCUGGCGCAGGGAUUACAUUGUUUCAUGAAAUAUUUUCCGCGGCUUCAAAGCCCCCAACACCAUGGGGGCAGGGAAACUAUAUAUAUACGCGUUAUGGAGCUCAGCCAAGGAGAGUUCCGGCGAAUAUUAAGCCCUAGUUUGACCUCGUAGCGGUGAUGAUUACAUAUAGAGUCGAGCUCCAGUCGUUCACUCACUCGGGGAAGUGAUGGGGGGGGGGCUGCAGCUGUUCCCCAACUAUUAAACUGGGUGGGGGGGGCAAAACCACGAGCAGGGCCGGGUUCAGGUGUCUUUACCCCCCCCCCCCCCCCCCGCAUGCACCCACACGCCUUCCUUCUCCCCUUACCCAUACAUACAAAGAUCUCCCGUAUGGCAUUAAUAGGCUGUUGGGGGGAAAGCGCUGUUAGCGAGUAGCACCGAUGAAGACCGGCACGGCACGGCGCACGAGGAUUUGGGUUGGCCAGCGCCAUGCCCUGCCGCCGCCUUUGUUUCUCCAGUGGCGAUGUUUACACACCGCACCGGGAGUUUUUCCAUAGCUGUCAACCCAUACGGU